GGCCUCGCAGCAGCCUCCACGGCCGCCCGCCUCCCCGGAGGAGCCGUCAGUGGCCGCGUCGUCUGUGGGCAGCAGCCGUCUGCCGCCCAGUGCUUCGAUCGCUUUCUCCGACCUCACCGAAGAGAUGCUGGACUGCGGGCCCGGCAGCUUCAUGCGCGAGCUGGAGGAGCUCCGUUCCGAGAACGACUAUCUCAAGGAUGAGAUUGAGGAGCUUCGGGCUGAGAUGCUGGAGAUGCGGGAUGUCUACAUGGAGGAGGAUGUGUACCAGUUGCAGGAGCUGCGGCAGCAGCUGGACCAGGCCAGCAAGACCUGCCGGAUUCUGCAGUACCGGCUUCGCAAAGCUGAGCGCCGCAGCCUCCGUGCUGCCCAGACUGGCCAGGUGGAUGGCGAGCUCAUCCGUGGUCUGGAGCAGGAUGUCAAGGUCUCCAAGGACAUCUCCAUGCGGCUGCACAAGGAGCUCGAGGUGGUAGAGAAGAAGCGGGCGCGGCUGGAGGAGGAGAACGAGGAGCUUCGGCAGCGGCUGAUCGAGACCGAGCUGGCCAAGCAGGUGCUGCAGACGGAGCUGGAACGACCGAGAGAGCAUUCCUUGAAGAAAAGAGGAACACGCUCCCUGGGGAAGACGGACAAGAAGCCUUCUGCACAGGAGGACAGCGCAGACCUGAAGUGCCAGUUGCACUUUGCAAAGGAGGAGUCGGCUCUCAUGUGCAAGAAGCUCACCAAGCUGGCCAAGGAGAACGACAGCAUGAAGGAGGAGCUGCUUAGGUACCGCUCACUCUAUGGUGACCUGGAUGCUGCCCUGUCAGCUGAGGAGCUGGCAGAUGCCCCACAUUCACGCGAGACUGAGCUGAAGGUGCACCUGAAGCUGGUGGAGGAGGAGGCCAACCUGCUGAGCCGCCGCAUUGUGGAACUGGAGGUAGAGAACCGAGGCCUGCGGGCCGAGAUGGAUGACAUGAAGGACCACAGCGGUGGCUGGGGGGGCCCUGAGGCACGGCAGGCUUUCUCUGUGCUAGGGGGCAGUGAGUGUGGAGAGAGCCUGGCGGAGCUGCGGAGACACCUGCAGUUUGUGGAGGAGGAGGCAGAGCUGCUGCGGCGCUCCUCCGCUGAACUUGAGGACCAGAACAAGCUGCUGCUGAACGAGCUGGCCAAGUACCGCUCGGAGCAUGAGCUGGACGUGACGCUGUCAGAGGACAGCUGCUCGGUACUCAGUGAGCCCUCGCAAGAGGAGCUGGCAGCGGCCAAGCUGCAGAUUGGUGAGCUUAGCGGGAAGGUCAAGAAGCUGCAGUAUGAGAACCGGGUGCUGCUCUCCAACCUCCAGCGCUGUGACCUUGCCUCCUGCCAGAGCACACGCCCCAUGCUGGAGACAGAUGCCGAGGCUGGGGACUCUGCCCAGUGUGUUCCUGCACCCCUUGGAGAGGCCCACGAGUCCCACUCAGGCCGGCUCUGUAAGGCCCGAGAGGCUGAGGCGCUGCCAGGGCUGAGAGAGCAGGCUGUUCUGGUCAGUAAGGCCAUCGACGUUCUGGUGGCUGAUGCCAACGGCUUCUCAGCAGGCCUCAGACUCUGUCUGGACAACGACUGUGCUGAUUUCCGGCUGCACGAGGCCCCUGACAACAGCGAGGGCCCCAGGGACACCAAGCUCAUCCAUGCCAUCCUGGUGCGGCUCAGCAUGCUCCAGCAGGAGCUGAACGCCUUCACCCGGAAAGCAGACUCUGUCCUCGGGAGCUCAGGCAAGGAGCAGCCAGAGCCCUUUCCCCCACUGCCCUCCCUGGGCUCCCAGGGCGCCUCCAAGGAGAUCAUUCUGGCCAAAGACCUUGGCUCAGACUUCCAGCCCUCUGACUUCAGGGACCCGCCGGAAUGGGAGCCCAGAAUCCGAGAGGCCUUCCGCACCAGUGACUUGGACUCUAAGGUUGACUCCUCUUGGAGCUUCAGGCCUUACCGAGCUGAAGACAAUGAUUCCUAUGCCUCUGAGAUCAGGGAGCUGCAGCUGGUGCUGGCCGAGGCCCAUGACAGCCUCCGGGGCUUGCAGGAGCAGCUCUCCCAGGAGCGGCAGUUACGGAAGGAGGAGGCUGACAGCUUCAAUCAGAAAAUGGUCCAGCUGAAGGAGGACCAGCAGAGGGCGCUGCUGAGGCGAGAGUUUGAGCUGCAGAGUCUGAGCCUACAGCGGAGGCUGGAGCAGAAGUUCUGGAGCCAGGAGAAGAACAUUCUGGUACAGGAGUCCCAGCAGUUCAAGCACAACUUCCUGCUGCUCUUCAUGAAGCUCAGGUGGUUCCUGAAGCGCUGGCGGCAGGGCAAGGUUUUGCCCAACGAGGGGGAUGACUUCCUGGAGGUAAACAGCAUGAAGGAGCUGUACCUGCUGAUGGAGGAAGAAGAACUGAACGCCCAGCACUCGGACAACAAAUCCUGCUCGGGGGACAGCUGGCCUCAAAACACACCCAAUGAGUACGUCAAGACACUGGCCGACAUGAAGGUGACGCUGAAGGAGCUGUGCCGGCUACUGCGGGAGGAGCACCGGGGGCUGACCGAGCUGCAGCAACAGUUUGCCAAGGCCAAGGCCACGUGGGAGACGGAGCGGGCAGAGCUCAAGAGCCAUACCACCCAGAUGGAGCUGAAGGCGGGGAAAGGGGCUGGAGAGCGGGCAGGUCCUGACUGGAAGGCGGCCCUGCAGAGGGAGCGAGAGGAGCAGCAGCAGCUCCUGGCCGAGUCCUACAGCGCAGUCAUGGAACUGACACGGCAGCUGCAGAUCAGUGAGCGCAACUGGAGCCAGGAGAAGCUGCAGCUGGUGGAGCGACUGCAGGGGGAGAAGCAGCAGGCAGAGCAGCAGGUGAAGGAGCUGCAGAACCGCCUAAGCCAGCUGCAAAAGGCUGCUGACCCUUGGGUCCUGAAGCACUCAGACCUGGAGAAGCAGGACAACAGCUGGAAAGAGACAAGAAAUGAGAAGAUCCAUGACAAGGAGGCUGUUUCUGAAGCUGAGCUUGGGGGAACCGGCUUAAAGAGGACCAAAUCUGUCUCCUCUAUGUCUGAAUUUGAAAGUUUGCUCGACUGCUCCCCUUACCUUGCUGGUGGAGAUGCCCGAGGCAAGAAGCUACCCAGCAGCCCUGCCUUUACCUUUGUGAAUCCGGAGCCAAUGGAUCCAGAGAAAAAAUCCAAGGAGAACACUGGGCUCUCUUCAAGGGACUGCAACCGCUUGGGCACGCUGGCCUGUCAGGACCCUGCUGGGAGGCAGAUGCAGCGUAGCUACACUGCCCCAGACAAGACAGGCAUCCGGGUCUACUACAGCCCCCCAGUGGCCCGGCGCUUGGGUGUGCCUGUGGUCCACGACAAGGAGGGCAAGAUCCUCAUUGAGCCUGGCUUCCUCUUCACCACAGCCAAGCCCAAAGAGUCAGCCGAGGCUGAUGGGCUGGCCGACAGCUCCUAUGGCCGUUGGCUCUGCAACUUCUCCCGGCAGCGUCUGGAUGGGGGUUCGGGGGGCAGCGCUGCAGCACCUGGGGCUGCCUUCCCCACUGCCCUGCAUGACUUUGAGAUAUCAGGCAACAUGAGUGAUGACAUGAAGGAGAUAACCAACUGUGUGCGGCAGGCCAUGCGCUCUGGCUCACUGGAGAGGAAAGUGAAGAAGAGCACAUCCAGCCAGACGGUAGGCCUGGCCAGCGUGGGCACGCAGACCAUCCGCAUGGUCAGCGUGGGCCUGCAGACUGACCCGCCACGCAGCAGCCUCCACGGCAAGAGCUGGUCACCCCGCAGUUCCUCACUCGUGUCCGUGCGCAGCAAGCAGAUCUCCUCCUCCCUGGACAAGGUCCACUCACGCAUAGAGCGGCCGUGCUGCUCACCCAAGUACGGCUCACCUAAGCUCCAGAGGCGGUCUGUGUCCAAGCUGGACAGCACCAAGGACCGCAGCCUGUGGAACCUGCACCAGGGCAAACAGAAUGGCUCGGCCUGGGCCCGCUCCACCACUACUCGGGACAGCCCCGUGCUGCGGAACAUCAACGAUGGGCUGUCCAGCCUCUUCAGCGUGGUAGAGCACUCAGGGAGCACAGAAUCUGUCUGGAAACUGGGCAUGUCCGAGGCUCGUGUCAAGCCUGAGCCACCCAAAUAUGGCCUCGUGCAAGAAUUCUUCCAUAAUGUGUGUGGCCGGGCACCAAGCCCCACCUCAGCAGCAGGGGAGGAGGGCUCCAAGAAGCCAGAGCCCCUCUCCCCAGCCAGCUACCAUCAGCCGGAGGGCAUGGCCAGGAUCCUGAACAAGAAGGCAGCCAAGACAGGCAAUGGCAGCGAGGAGGCCAGGGCCACCAUGCUCCCCCAGGUGGGGAAGGAUGGUAUCCCACGGGAUGGAGACGGAGCCUUGGUCCUUCCAAACGAGGAUGCCGUCUGUGACUGUAGCACGCAGCCUCUCACCUCCUGCUUCGCCCGGCCAUCCCGCUCUGCCAUCCGCCACUCUCCUUCCAAGUGCAGGCUGCACCCUUCUGAGUCUGGUUGGGGAGGGGAGGAGAGGGCGGCCCCCCCCAGCGAGUGACAAUAUCUGAGCCCCCGCCUCAGGCCGCCCAGUCCCCAGAUGGCAGGAGGGAACAGCGGAGAGGAGGUGAGGGGCCAUCCAUGCCUUCAGCAGCGCAGCUCCCUGGAGGGACAGCAGCUGUGCCACUGCCAGCGAAGAGCUUUUGUAUCAAGGUAAAGCAGGGUCUCAAGUCUCGGGCUGACCACUGGGUGGUGGCCUCUGCCUUCCCAGGGGAAGACCGUGAGCGGGGAGAAAGACCUCAGCUGGGCCUUGGAAGUUUCUACAGGGAGCUCAACAGGACCCAUCCCUGGUCCUAAAGGACACCUUUGUCUGCUUCCAACUUUACCCAUUUCUUGGAUGAGCCCAGGAAAGGAUACACUUCCAUGCCUGGGGAGAAGGGGCUCACUGGGGCUUCACCGCUGACUGCGCCCCUUCCCUGGAAAGAUGUCACAGAGAAGAGUAGGCUUUGCUCUUGGACCCAGCUUGGUGUGCUUGACAGAGUACGGCUGGGCAUCACCACCAUAGCCUCCACCACCAUCAGUGCUGCCUCAGGUUGCUGGACUCUAGUGGGUAUGAAAGGGCAGUAGUCAGGGCCAAAUACCUACUUGGAAUCCUGGAGCCCUGGAUCCUCCUGCCUGUACCUGGAUGCAGCCCAAACUGGGAGACACGGCGGGGAUAUGUAGGGAAUUGCCUCACUUGCCAAGGUGUCUUGGGGGAACCUAACCUUCCUAGGAGACUUGGUGAGGCCAGAAACAGGCAGAAUCACUCCGAAGCCCUGGUGCAUAGAUAAAAGCCUCCGUGCCCAUGCCUUGAUCUCUGGGGCCUCUUUCCCUGGUGUCCUAAAGGGGCACCGCAUCUCCACUGUGUGUUUACAUCCUGCAGCUAGUCGAGGCGGACAUACUCCCAGUACAAGACUUGCAGUUGGUCAGGUCAGGCCAUGAACUCUGAGAAGUCAGUGUCCCAGGACACAGUAGCAGACUGGGGCAAGGAAACACAUGUUUUGCCUAGAUUGUUUAUUUGAAUUUUUCGUAUUAUAAAUAUUUAAGGUGGUUUAUUUUAAUAAUUUAAUUUACCCAAAAGCCCCUAAGGUAAUUUAUUGGAGGUUGAGAUAUAUAUUCUUACCACUGGGACAGUGUGGGGCUCCUAAGUUUGUGGACAGGCAUGGGGUCCCCCCAUGUGGAUGAAGCAGCUCAGCCACCAAGCUCUGGUCUUCUGGCAAGUUUAGGGGCCCCUCCCCAGGGCUGGGACCUGCAGUUUGCUCUUCUACUCCACUGACCAUUCAGCCUUGGCAUACUUCUUUCACUUAGUACCUGGUACUUGCCUGGCCCCUAGAGGUCAGUGUCUAAGUGUGCUUGACAGCGUGGCUGGCCAGACUGAUGUCUCCACUCCCCAGACAUCCUCCAUUUUCCUUCUCAUUUUCCUCGCUCCUCUGACACCUUCCUCCAAGAAUCACAGAUUACCACGGCUCCAUUUAGAGUGUGGCAAUCCCUCCAAGUUCCCUAAAUGAGAACAGGCAGGAAAAUAGGAUGAAUUUUGAGAAUGUCGUUUAUUGCAGCUUUGCACACAGAUCUGAGAGUGUCUGCCAGCCCGCCAGCCUUUUCACCAGCCUGUCUCCUUAGCCUUAUGGCCUCUCAUGACUUCUCCCAGCCCCAACUCCACCGCCCAUUCCCACACCUGUGGAAGCCACCAAUGCCGUCCAAUGGAUUGAAAUGUGGCUCAGAUGCCCUCCUCCUUGGUGCUGAUGAGCCCAUUUGAUUGCACAGUGUCCACCUCCUCUCUGCCAACACACAGAUGCGCCCUCCUCCUGCCGCUGCUGGGACCAAGUAUCCCAUCCCAGGAUGGAUAGGCUUGUCUGCAGAAGUCCCUUUCAGAAAGGCUGAAAGCCAACAGCAUUGUUAGUUUAUCCCCAGGACACACAAGAUGGCUUGUGCUCCCACUGCCCCAUUCCUAGCAUACCCUGUCAGGGGCAUCUGGACUAGAUUCCCAGAGUCUGUUGUCCUCAUUUCUUGUGGGCUGCACAUCGGGGUCAUGUCAGUCCUGCCAGCUUCCUACUCUAGUGACUUGGUGUGGGCAGAACAGUGGCUAGUACUCCUCGACGGUACUCCCACUGCCACCCAAGAGGUCAGGGGCCUCUCCACAUCUGUCUCCAGGUGAGGGGAUUCACACCAGGCCACAAAACCACAAGAGGCCUUCUGCCACCUCCCAGAGCUGCAGAAGGCCCGGGAGGCUGCACUCUCAGCCUUGGGGGAAAGUCCCCAUGAGACCAAACCCUAAGGGCCACUCAGCCUUACCAUCGUCUUCAUCUGAGAUUGUCAUGCUGUCUUUGUCGUCACAGCAUCUGGCCCCAAUGGCUGUUGGAGGGCCCAAGUCUUGGUUUUCAGUGAAGUACCAGUUUCUCCUUGCAUGCCACUGUGCAAGGCCAUUUGUCACUGUUCCUGGAGAAGCCUCUGGACAUGGGGCUCGAUGGGGUUUUGAAAAUGUUAUGUGUAAAUAUUGGUUUGGUUUUAAUUUUUAGCAUUUUACUUGGUAACUGGUUGUGUUUUCUUUCUUGGGGUGGGAGGGUUGGUUUGUAAAAACUCUCUACUCUUUUGGAAUGUGAUUUCUAAGUUUGUUUUUUCAAAUGCCUUUUACGUCUUGGUAACAUUCCCAAAGCAGAAACUGCCUGACCCACAGUGAGGACUCACCCAGAGCCCUGGGGGGUCCCAACACGGAAUGCUGCCCUUCUUUCUCUUCCUACUUGUACCUUUUUAUUCCGACACCUUCUAACUUCUCCCCUAAUCAUCUUCUUUUUCCCAUCCCUCUCUGCAACCAAAGUCCCAAGGAACCCUGGGAUCCCUCUCCCCUACCGACUGCCUGGCUUGGGUCCAUGGGUUGGCAUCGGUUGGUUGGAGAAAGAGGAGAACGCUUUGCAUGAUUGCCCCUACACUCAAUGACUUCACAUUUUUUAUGCCUGACUUCUUCCCUGAGUCAAAUGAAGCCCUCCUGGGUGCAAUAGUGACUGUAUUUGAAAUGAAAAUCAACUAAAGUGCAUCCAUGACUCUUGAUGCCCAAGGCAUCAGAAGCCAAUUUCUGUUGCUGCCGGUUUUCUCCCUUUCUCCUGAUCCUUUUGCCAACUAAGGUAGACCCACAAGAAGUCCUGUGCUUUAUGAAGUCAAAAUGGGCUCCAUCCCUUGGCUGCCCUUGGGAUAUUCCACCAUCUGGCCCCCAGGUCGCAAAGCUGAGGGCUCAAAGACUUGAUUGACCCUGACCUUGUACCUUGAUGCCCUUCUGAGGAUUUAUCCCUCAGCUUCUCCUCUUGCCUAUGUAACCCCAGACUUUCCUUCCCUCUCCCCACCCACCCAGGAUGUUCUCCCCUCCAGCCUUAUCAGCCCCCAAGUUCCCACUACCUCUUCUUUAAUAAUAGUAAUGGUGAUGAUAAUCCCCUAUACAUCCUGCCCCGAGCACUUUACUGUUCAGAGAUCACCCCCCAUUCCCCAUCCCCUCCAUGUCUCCCGAGGACAAUUCUAGGAAGCAGGCUUGGCAGGACAACUUCAUUCGUCCAUUCUGUCUCCAGGACCUCUGCACUGAGCUAUGUCCCCACAACUUUUUCAUUCUUUAUUUUGAGACAUUCUC